GUCCCUUGCCAUUUGGAAACUUGGGAAGUUCGAGCACUGAACACGAUUGCACAGUAUCAGCCGUCGAAAAAACGAAUAUCUUUUACAUUUCAAACCUCUCUCUGCUACGGAGUCGAUAUUUGUGUGGGAUUGACGUGCUACUAUUUCUGCUGACGGAGGGAUAAGACGUCCACCACGAUCCCGAUUUGAUUGUAUAGCCCCUUCGCAAACUACCCGGUGACUACGUAAUUGAUACCGAAUCAUGGUUGCUUUUAGCAGUUGGCGAUACCAAGCAUGGAUUGCCACGUAUACACUCCUGGCGCUUUGGGGCUUUCUAUGGCUCCUCGCUCAUACUUUCCGCGGCUUGGGUCGUCCUCUAAUGGGCGGCGCGACCGGCGCUGGAUUGGGCGGCGCGGCCGGUGGUGGACCUGGUGCGCUUGAAGGCGGAACGGCGGGGACUGCUGCUGGUGCCGCAACGGGUGGCAAGCAUCCGCAUGGCUGGCGCGUCCAAAAUGCAGCUCGAAUUGCCCGGAACUCCUUCCUCAUGUCUCUCGCCGCCACUGUCAUCAACGAGCUCGGGUUCGGCAUCACACGUACGGUUGCGGCGCUUAUCUGGACCUUCUUCGCGCUGUCCAUCCUCCACAUCUUUGCUGCCAUGGCCACCCGUCACUAUGCUCUGCCUUGGUUAGUCGGCUUCCCGCAGUAUGUGAUCAUCAUGAUUGCGGUUGGGUUGGCGUUCCGGGGAUGAGCGAGUCGUCACCGGAUGGCGCGGUGGGCCUUCCCCGCCGAAUUCAGUCUAGGUUCCCAGUGCAUAGCUCAAAUUGAUACCACCAUGUCAUUCUUUACCCCUUUCCUUUUACUGUUCGUUUUUCUUUCGUCAAUUCCCAAUUCCCGAGGUUGUUAAUAUCCAGC